GCAGCCUUCUCUUCCCAGCACAUAGGAUCGACCGACCAGCCAGUGGGGUGCUCGUGUUUGGGCGCACAGCAGAGGCGUGCAGGCGAGUGCGAGAGGCCAUGGCUCACCCUGCUGCUGUCAAGGAGUACCUGGUGCUCGUGCGAGGCUCCCCUCCAGCCGCCUUCACGUGUGACAGGCCGCUGAGAGAUGAUAACGGCGCGGUCAAGCCAGCUCACUCUGAGUUCAGAAAGCUCCUGGAAAUUCCGCAGCAACGAUGUGCGCUGCUGUCUGUGCGAAUAUCAACGGGUCGCAGACACCAGAUACGUCGGCACCUCAACCACCUCGCCUUCCAA